AGGAGGACGUAGUCAAUGCUUCGCUCGCGUCAAACGUUGUAUUUGUUAACUAGUUUAGUCUGCAACGCGACGUCGAGUCGUUAGGUCGUGUGACGUGUCUGUGUGCAGUUAGCUCGAUUUAGCAAUUUAUUAUUUAUUUGUACCUAUCUUGUUGCAUUCCUGUUUUUUAUUUCUUUGUAUAUUUAGUAAAUUAAUAAUUAUAUCAUUUAAUUUAAUAACCUAGUUAAUUCUUCAUGAACUGUGAUUGUGUUUUGAACUGGUAUAAAACGGUGUGAUACAACAACGUAUGCGACGGGUAGAAAUGAGCGGAUUGACCAUAAGAGUAAAAAGGGGAUCGAGGGGUAGUGCUACUCUCUUGGAAGCAGCGAACAGAAUUCUUAAGCUUCUUGGUGUCAGUUCUACAAAACGCGGGAAACAAUCCUCUCCCAAAUCAAAGUCUAACGGCCGAGCCGGUAGUGAGGUGCGUGCACCCAUAGCCACAACAGAGUUCGUCGCCGAUUCGCCAACUAAAAUGCAAGCGUCCCAGGCUGCCGCAGCGCCUGUGCCUACUCCUACUUCUACACAUGCUUCCAGCCAGUGUCACAGGCAUACGAAACGAACUGCUAAGGAUUAUAUAUUUGGGAAACUUAUCGGCGAUGGUUGCUAUAGUACCGUUUUCUUAGCAAAAGAUAUACACACUGGGAAGGAGUAUGCAAUUAAAGUGUGUGAAAAGAGUCACAUAGUACGUCACCAAAAAGUUCAAUACAUAAAACGUGAGAAGGAUGCCUUGAACAUGUUAUUUAAUGUGCCUCACGGUUUUGUCAAACUAUAUUGCACAUUUCAAGAUGAUGAAAGAUUGUACUUCGUUUUAUCUUAUGCUAAAAAUGGAGAACUAUUACAUUACAUUAAUAAAGUAGGAUCAUUCGAAUUAAAUGUAGCAAAAUACUAUGCCGCUGAACUAUUGUUAGCCUUGGAAAAGAUGCAUGCUAAAGGAAUUAUACAUCGUGAUUUGAAACCUGAAAAUAUAUUAUUAGAUGAAAAUAUGCAUCUUCAAAUAGCUGACUUUGGUACAGUUAAGAUUCUUGAUCCAGAAAAGAUUAGGGGUCCAUCAUACAAUUCAACAGAUAACGUCGAGGAACCUACGGAAAAUUCUGAUGAUCAAACAAAUGACCGUUCAAGGAAAAUAAGUUUUGUUGGAACAGCACAAUAUGUGAGCCCAGACCUUUUACAAAAUAGAAUUGAUACACGCGCUUCUGAUUUAUGGGCGUUGGGGUGUAUUAUUUACCAGAUGAUAUCAGGAUUGCCUCCAUUCCGAGCCUCCACGGAAUUUCUGACUUUCCAAAAGAUAUUAAAAAUGGAUUAUGAAUUUCCUGAAGGGUUUCCCGCUGACGCAAAGGACUUAGUUGAAAAGCUUUUGGUUUUAGAUCAUACUAAAAGACUUGGAGCUAGUGAUAAAGGUGUCACAUACGAAAGUAUUCGUAAACAUCCAUUUUUCGAUGGUAUUGACUGGGAUGACAUUUGGGAACAAACACCACCAACCAUUUGUCCAUAUUUGCCAGGAGGAUCUUUCGAAGAAGAAUAUACUGUACCGGAUCAUUUAGAACCAGGAUUAGGCAAAAACCAAUUAGUACGUUUGUGGGAAUUUGACCUAUCAACCUCUAGAGGUAUUCUAAAUAUAAGCCCUGAUGAAAGACGUCGUCGUCUUGAAGUACAAGCUCGGGAAAAUAAGUGGCAUCAGUUUGUGGACGGAGAGUUGAUUUUAAAGCAAGGAUUAGUAGAAAAAAGAAAAGGUCUUUUUGCAAGGCGCCGAAUGUUAUUAUUAACUACCGGACCACGACUUUUCUACGUAGACCCAGUCAAUAUGGUUCUAAAAGGCGAAAUCCCUUGGUCUCCAGAACUACGCGUCGAGGCAAAGAACUUUAGAAUAUUUUUAAUUCACACGCCUAAUCGUACGUAUUAUUUAGAAGACCCACAAUCUUACGCUUUAGAGUGGACACGAGUAAUCGACGAAGUGCGUAUAGGCACAUAUGGACGAGAUACGACUUAAGAGAGAGGCGAGUUGGCUGCCUCGAGUCGCGCCCGGGCCGGGCCGCGCGCCCGCACCCUUUCGCUCUCCGCACGGCGAGUGCACACUUUUAGGAUAUAACUAGCCUUCAUUUCGAGCACGAAAUCAUCCUGAGAACCUUUCGUAACAGUUCGUGAUUGGCGUCCUGAAAGUAGCAGCAAUCCUUUAAGUAUGCAACGGCCACGGCAGGCGAGCGCCGCAACAGCGGGCGGCGCCACAUAUGUUCCCAAGCGUACGAUUACUCGCCCACGCCGGAAACUCUGAACAAGGAGGAGGACAAGAGAAGAUGACUUGCAAACACCCUUGAGUGUCGAAGCUGAAUGACUGAUUCCUAUUAGAAAUCCUGACUAUCAUAAAUUUAUCAAAAUUAUCUAUCUUAGGUUUCUUAUUUAAAUAUGAUAUCAGUGGUGAUUUGUAAAUAUUUGUCGUAAAUUAUUAUCGCAAUUUUUUAGAUUUAAUGUAUAAUGUAUAGGCCAUAAUUGAGGCCUCAUGUAAGAAUGGACUUGUUAUUCGCCACCCGCGUGUUCACUAAGCCCAUUCCAGUUGGUAACUAGGCAAUUUGUAGCUAAAUUAAUAAUUAUUUAUUUAUUUAAUUAUUUGCCAACGGAAUGUGACUGUUGUACAGUAAACUAGUAACUGUAGGAAAUUGGUUGAUUUCUAUAUUAAUAGUUGUGUAUGCUAGCAACGACAACUGUUCUGAAUAGCUUUAAGUUGUUGAUGGUAAUUGGCGGUACCUAUAAAAAUGGAAGCGACCGAAAGAAGGAAGGAUAGCUUCUUAGGAAUAAUUAAACUGGGCAAAGGAUAUGAGACUGAUAGCAUUAGAAAUUAUAACACUCUGGUCUCUGCUUUUGUCUAGUAUUGCCUGCUCUCCAAUUAUACUAUUGUUGAGAGCGCCAGUGCUGAUCUUGACAUGCAUUUCAUGCAUAUUUUGCACUAUAAUCCUAUUUUGCAAAGUAUACUGAUGAAGCCACCGCGGCAUUAAAACCAUGUUGAAGUAUGGUACCAUGAUUUUUAUGAUUUUCAAUAAUAAUUAAUUUAAUAAAAUUAUAGAAUUAUGUUAUGGUGGAGUACUUGUUAAUUUGGAUUUAAUUUAAUUAAAUAAGAAUUGGAUAUGUUCAAUGUCAUGGCUUUGAUUAUUUUGAUUAUUAUUUUAUUAAACAUGCCUUAGCUUGCCUGGGCCAAAUUAGAAUAAUAUUAUUUGGAUGAAAUCCAAUCAAAUCUUGAAAUAGAAAUUAUAUUAGACACUCUUUCUUCAAUAACCCAAUGAUUAUUGAUAAAAUUCAACUUUUCCAUGACAUUGUGAAUGCAUAAAAUAAUAUUAAAGCUGCAUUUAAAACCUAAUUGCUGUUAACUAUUCUAGUUAAAAUUUGUAUUGCGUAAAUUCCAAGUAACAGAAUAAGAAAGUGAAUUAAAGUUGAUUUUUAAAAUA